GUCUAAACAACAGAAUUAGAAACAGAGUUGCCAAAGUGACCUGCUAACAAUAUUUCUCUAACCAAUGUCAGGAGAUAGCGAUGGCACCGUUAGAAGUCCCUCUGAGGGAUCUCUGUCAGGAAUUGAGAUCCUGCCAGUUCAGAAAACAUAUGUGUGUACCCUGUCCGCUGAGCUUAUUGCCAAAGCACGCGAAGAGCUGCAGGAAAAACCUGAGUGGCGGCUUCGAGAUGUUCAAGCCCUCAGAGACAUGGUGUGCAAAGAUUAUCCUAAUCUGGGGACAUGCCUAGACGACGCUUUCUUGCUUAGGUUCCUUAGAGCAAGGAAAUUUGAUUAUGAUCGGGCACUUCAGCUUCUCGUGAACUAUCAUUGCUGUAGGAGAAGUUGGCCUGAGGUUUUUACAAAUCUGAAGCCAUCUGCUGUAAAGACUGUCUUGGAAUCUGGCAUUGUCACUGUGCUUUCCCAUUUAGAUAAUGAAGGACGCCAUGUUGUCUGUAUUCGCCCAGACAAAUGGACACCAAGUAAUUACCCAAUUACUGAAAACAUUCGUGCCAUAUACUUGACAUUAGAAAAACUCAUUCAAUCUGAGGAGACUCAAGUAAAUGGAAUUGUAAUUCUUGCAGACUACAAAGGAAUCAGUUUAUCUAAGGCAUCUCACUUUGGCCCCUUCAUAGCAAAAAAAGUGAUUGGCAUUCUUCAGGAUGGCUUUCCAAUUAGAAUAAAAGCUGUCAAUAUCAUAAAUGAACCUCGCAUAUUCAAAGGCAUUUUUGCUAUUCUCAAACCAUUUCUAAAGGAAAAAAUAGCAAAUCGGUUUUUCCUUCAUGGGUCAGACCUGCGGUCUCUUCAACACAACCUUCCACCACAAAUUCUCCCUGAAGAAUAUGGUGGCACGGCAGGAAAACUUGAUAUCUCUACCUGGAAUGAGCUACUGCUGGCGUCGGAGGAUGACUUCAAGUAUGAUGUCUCACAUUUGCCCCUCUCCAGUGACUGUUCACCACAUGAUCCAUUAAUGAAUGAAGAGAUUGAUGAGAAGCAGCAUGAUGACUCUUUGCGAAGCUUCAAAACACAGCUCUAUUCCUGCUAUUAGUAUAGUAGAUAAAGCUUCCAAAAGGUCACCUUGCUGUUUACAAAGGGAAUAUUAAUUCUCUCAUGCUUCUACAACAUAUGAGUGUUGAUGGAU